CUCAUCGCGCCCAAGCUCUGGUGACUUCAACUUCUACAACAAACAGCGUAAGCCAAACAUCAAUCAUCUUACUAUACACCUUCUAUCUCUAUCAACUUCGUCAAUAUAUAUACACAUAUAUAUCAAGACUACACACUGUCACCAAGUGUUUUGAACUGCAACCCACUUCAUAACACUAAAAGAUAGUCAUCGAUACUGUGACUAUCACUUCUGUUGAUCGCACAACAUCUCCAACACCGAGAUCAACCCAUAUACAACAACACACUUCUCCAAUGGAUUCCCAAUCAUUCGACUACUGGCUCGCCCAGGGCAACUAUGUGCCACCUCAGCAUCCCUCUCAGAUAUAUGAAAUUCCUCCCCCACUAUCAAAAGUCCCAAGCCUGAGUGGUUCUCCCGUUUCUUCGACCUACGAUCAGUUCCCCACACCACCUGUUCCUCAACAGCACCAGCAACCACCUCCCCAGCAACAACCACCCCACUACUAUCCCCAGAUCGCCGACGACUCGAUGUAUGCUCAGUACCCGCUCCCAAUGACCCCAUCGGACUUUGGAUCAGAUCACGACAGCGCGUACUGCAGCCCUCACCAAUCUCAUGUGGAUCACCUUUACGUCCAGGGCGCUUCAUCUGCACCCGCCGAGAGGACACACACCACCUCAGGACGACGAAGGGCUCAGAACCGCGCCGCACAGCGAGCAUUCCGUGAGCGAAAGGAGAAGCACGCCCGGGAUCUCGAAGCACAAUUGGCAGUCCUGACCGACAAGUACAACAAGCUCGAGGGAUCGCACACCGAACUGAAUGCCGCCUACGAGAAGCUCCGCAAGACCAUCGAGCUCCUCACCCAGGACGACGAUGCCGAAGGCGAGGAGGAGGAGGCCGGCAACAAGAGCGUGUGGAGGAGAAGCUCAAACUCCGAAACCCUCCGCAAGUUGCUCGAGAUAUUACACGGCGAGUUCAAGGGCGUCGCAGUCAAGAACGAAAGCGCAUGAUCUCUCCCGAACCUCCUCCUUCUCUCUCUCCUAUUACCAAAAAAGAUUUCAGUCGAUACCAAUUUUACGAAUAUUCACCUAUUCGAAUAACGAGCAAGGUGUUACGCGGCGCUCCGGUUCUUUUCACAACAAAGGUUUAUCUACCACGAGGGGCAUUAAUAUGAUGCCUUGAGAUGGCAACGUCACUCACGGUAUGGCUAUAUGCCGGGCAUUAUAGUGGAACAUUUGUACUUUCUAUUGGCCAUUGCCAAUCCUGUUGCUAUACAAUACUUCAUGAUACUAUUUAGAUGAUCAUCAAAUCAAUACCUUCAAUGGAACAACAAAUUAUCUCC